CCUUUACCGAUCAAUCACUCCUUUUUUGGGCUGUGCUUUGGGCUGCUGUGUGUGCUUUUGCUUUUGACAUCAGUGCCGUCGCAACGAUUGCGCACUUUUGUUUGGCGGUCCCCAGGGGUCCUGUUUGUGCGCGCAAGCAGUCUUCUUGAAUCGCUGCGGCCGCGUGUGGCGAGCUACAGGCCUAAAGGUGUGCUGCUCUCCAAGCCAGCGAGAGCCAAGUCGACAUCCCCGCCCGCUGCUCAGCCCACGGCCGGAAUAAACCAACAAGCGCUCUAAAGAGCCCUUGCCCCAGCCCUGAGACCCACGUAGCGAGUUCCCCGCCGCGCGCUCCCUAAGUUGGCACUGCACUGAUGGCUGAGAAGCAGCCGCCCGCCGCCGCGGGAACGAAGAAAAGCAAGGGCGCGCUCACGAACGAGGACGUCCUCAUGACGCACGUCGCGCCGUGCUUGUCCUACAUGGAUCUCUUCUCGCUCGUGAAGACGACGAAGGAGAUGCGGUCGCGCCUCACGCACGAGCACUCGCUGACCGCCGUCCUCUUGAAUGCGGACGACAAGUUCGGCAAGAACGCCAAAGCCACCAUCCGCAACGUCAUGGAUCUGUACGAGAAGGGGAAGAUCCACAAGCCCUCGCCGAUGCGCCUGCUGCGCCUGGCCAAUGGCAAGCGGUGCGAAAUGGGCCCGCCGUGCGACACGCCCGAGGCGCGCAAGGUCGUCAAAACCAGACCGGACUGGGGCCUGUUCUGCUGCUGGCCGCACACCGUCGGCGGUUCGGCCGAGAUCUCGCUCUCGAAGAAGUCCCUCAAGACGUGGGGCGCCACCGUUGGCGACCCCCGGACGUGUCAACACUCCAUGUCCAACAAGACGUUCCUCUGGAAGAAGCCCAUGACAGCAGCCGACGGCGAGAAGAUAGGCCCCAUCACUACCGCUACAUCGCCGCACGACGGCAGCACUCCCGACCCGACCCUCGUCCAGCUGUUCCAGCGCCUCGAUCGCGAGGGCCGUGAGCGCAUGAGCGCCGCGGCGGCCGUGAAAGCCGACGCGCGACAGAAGAAGAAGGCCUCGAAGGACCAGAAAAUUGCAGCGAUCGACGCUACGGUGAAGCGACUGGCUGGAGAAGUCCAAGGCGUCGCUGGCUGCCGCGCACUCGUGGAGCAGCUCGACCCGCUGUACCUCGCGCCGUCGAAGGCGUCGCCGGCAAAGCUGCGUGCCAUUGUCGACGACGUGCGGGACGCUUAUGCUGCUGCGGACGCGGCGCUCGGGGAUUUUUCGUUCCUCGACGAGAGCAACCUACGCGACGCCGUGCUGAAGAAGGCGCUCACUAUGCGCGGCUACCCCGAGCCCGUGGCUGAGUUCGCGCCCGCCGACUUCCUGCGCUACGCGUCGCGAGAGGUGCUCGAUCUGGCGGCGGCCGGCCGCCUCCGCGAGGCGAUGGUGCUGCGGCUGUACAACCAGCCGGUCGUUUGCGACGCACGGCGGAUGUCCCGUCAGCUGGCGAGCAUCAAGUACACGAGGCGGGCGUCCCCGAAACGGCUCAAGCAAGCGUUCAUCGAGCUGAUGGGACGGCCGCCAGCUGAUGACCGCCGGAACAUCGCGCAGGGCGCCUGGCAGCACGCGGUCGAGGCGCCCGCCGAGCCCGCGCUUGUCGAUCCCCUCGUGCGCGCCAACUCCCCCGAAGCCCUCGAGGCCGUCGUGAACGCGGCGCGGGACAUGUACGAUCGCGCGCUCGCCGACGCCCGCGAGUUGGGCCAGCGCAUCGACGCGGCUCGAAACCUCGACGCGGGCGCCGGCGAGGCGUUUCUGCUCAAGUACUCACAUUUGAGAUAUGGCUUUUUCGUCAGCGGGAUCGGGUCCGACUGGACAUAUGCGCGUAUCCUGGAGUACUACGACCAACAGAAUGCUGGCCCGGGAGGCCAAAUUAGUCGGGGGUCGGCGGCGUCGCCAUUGGGUUUUUGGGCCGGCGACGCUUGAUGAGUGUCACGUGUCACUAGAUGUCUAAGUUACC